AUGGAACGACGGCAGCUCAAGACGAGAGCCAGAAAAUCGACUGGUGGUCACGACAAUGGCGCAGCGAAGGCUCCAAUGAGUCCAACAUCACCAACGAAGAAGGUUAAACUUGCAAAGACGUCGAGGUCAAUUAAAGUUAAAUCAUUAACCAAGGAACUGGAAGAGUCCAAGGCUCGUAUGGCAGCUUUAGAGGAGGCUUUGGAACGAGAACGCGCUGAAAAAGAGGCUUUGAAAGCAAGUGCGGACGUGUUGAGUGUAUCCAACAGUGUUGCUGUUGAGAGUAGUGUUGAACUCGAUGUCGCACCAUGUGCAUCUAGUACUCAUCGAAUGGAAACAGCAGUACACGCCGAAGAAUCCCGUUUCGUAUCAUCCGUAAACCAGCUUUCGGUGACUUCGCUCAACGUUCCGGCUUGCGUACCAUUGGAAGACGACGACGACAUAGACAGACACUCGUUUGAGAUGUGGAAGGAUCUCUUAAUUGAUUCGAUGAAGUUGGCAGGGAUUGAGGAUGAAGCUACUCAAUUUAUUCUCUUUAGAAUCAAAGCUGGACCCCGUCUGCUGAGUAUAUUUAAAAAUACAAGGAGCACUGAAGAUGCCCCAAGAAUAGAGACCAAACCAUUUUCUAACGCAUUGUAUCGUUUGAAAACAUAUUUCGGUUCGGGAUCAGAUAUCAUGCUGCAGCGAAGGAUGAUGGCCUUGAUGUCGCAAAAAUCAGAGGAAUCCGACUUACAAUUCGUCAAUCGAGUGGCUGCAACGGCUAGAUUGUGCGAAUUCAACAAUGGAAAGGAGUUCGAAGAAAUCAUAGGAACCAUCGCAGGACAGGCGCGAAACCGUGAAGUACGGACGGCUGCUUUGAGAAUGCUGAACAAAGGUGGCUCAAUCACCGACUUGGUCGAUAAAGUGCGCGAGAUCGAGACAAUUCGGCUAAAUGAGGAUUACUACAAACAGAAACAAAUACAAUCUGAGCCGGCUGUUAUUGCACCCAUCAGGACAGAUCAACGUAGAUAUAAUACAACUCACAAUCGUUUUCAACCAUAUCAACUGACACCGACGCGCCAGUCUUCGAGAAACUCGAGGUUUGCCGAACUAGCUGGAUGGCGUAACACUAACCGUGACGUGAACUACAAUCGUCGUGGAAUGAACUACAAUCGUGGAGAAAAAUGUUGGCGAUGUGGAAAUGUGUACCACUCGUCGUCGGAGUGCCCUGCUAUUGACAAGCCAUGCAGAAACUGCAACAAAAUCGGUCACUUCCAGAGAGUUUGUCGGUUUUCUCCCGGACAGAUACCACCGAACGCAUCUAAGUCAGAACCAAUUGAGCAGGGUGCCAAAGAGAUAGCUGUGGUCGAAAAGGUGGAAACGGAAUCAAAACCCGUAAAUGUCAACAUCAUGAAACACAUCAACGUUGUAUCAUCCAAGGCUUCACUUAAGGAUGAGGGAGUUAUACUAGCCAAAGUAGCUGGAAUUGAAUGUGAAUUUUUGAUUGAUUCAGGCGCCCAUGUCAAUACAUUCACUAACGAGCUGUUCCGGAAGCUGAUGAAUACACAAUUAGAUUCGGUGUUGGGAAUCUGUCGUAAGCUGCGCGCGCCACGGGCUGAUUAA